AUGAGAUACCUGGGAUUCUUCUUGGAUCCCAAACUAUCAUUCCGAGGGCAUAUUAAAUUUUAUGCCAACAAGGCAGAGUCCACAGUCAAUACACUGAGGAUGCUGGGUAAUUCAGUCAGGGGAUUCACCCCUGUCAACAAGAGGAGGCUAUACAUUGCGCAUGUGAUGCCCCUCAUGCUCUAUGGAGCAAUCCUCUGGUGGAAACCCUCUUGGAAGAGACACAAGUGGGCUAUAGGUGAUCUACAGAGGGCCCAAAACAAAGCCCUCCAAUGGAUCACAGGGUGCUUCCGAUCGACUCCGAUUGGGGCAAUGGAAACCAUGGCAGGCAUGUUUCCUGUCAAGGUGAAUGUCGAUAGAUACAUGGAGAGGUCGUGCCUCCGGGCUAGGACCCUACACGAGGGGCAUGCCAAUAGGGCGAUACUAUCUAACUAUUGGAAUGUCAACAUGCAUAACCUAGUGUCCCCCUUCCCUUUUCAAGGUGAAGGCACGCGGAAGGGUAAGCGCAAAGCGAUCACCCCAGCUCAUGUCAUUGACAGGCUGGGGCGGCGAUCAUCGGAGGAAUUUGCACCACUGCAUUUGAUCGCCGAGCCAGGCAGGCAUAUCAGGGACAAGUAUCCUGAUCGCAUUACGGAACACUUUCUAAAGCCGGGAUCACAUCCGGCUAAAGGAUCGGCUGAGUUUGAGGAGUGGUUCCAGAAUAUCUGGGUGCUGAUCUUCCAGCAAGUGGUUAGGGAUGAGAAUGCUCGUUAUCUCUUCACUGAUGGGUCCCUCGUCCCCAAUGGAUCGAGAUCGGGGUGUGCAUGGCUCACUAUGUCAGGACACAACUACCUUAACAGUGGAAAGUUUGGUGCGGGACGCUGCGCCAUAUUUGACGCUGAAAUGAUGGCAUUGGCUAGGGGGAUUCACAGUGCCCUUCAAGGUGCACCCCAAGAUUGCACUCACUUAGUGCUAUGUGUUGAUAAUGCUGGAGCAUUAUCCAAAAUUCUCAACUGCGAGAUGGGCCCCAGCCAACUGGUGUCCAUACUUGCGGCUGAGAAGGUAAUGGAGUUCCUCCAAAGGAGUGAACGACAUCACAUUUCCCUACUCUGGGUGCCAUCUCACAAGGAUGUCCCACCCAAUGAGUUUGUUGAUGAGUUAGCCAAAUCGGCUCUCGAGUCUGAGCAGCCAGAAUUUGUCUCCCAAGCACGAGCAAUGGCGGACUGUCUAACCAGAGCAAAGAUUAAGUGGGCGAAAUAUUAUUCGUCCUACAAAUAUAGAGGAAGGAACAUGUGGAUCCUCAAGAACCACAAUCCCCUCUCACAUAUGUCCGCUAGGGCGUACCCACUGCGAUACCUGGGCAAGAAUAACCAAGGAAUGGCGCAAGCUGCUAGGGUAUUGAGCAAUCAUUUCCCAUGUGGUUCAUACAGGGAGGAGUAUCAUAUCCCUGGACCCCGUAAUUGCCCGUGUUCGGGGACCCUGGACGAUCGGGACCAUACUCUGUUUGACUGCCCCAUGUGGAUCAGACCAAAACAGGGCAUCGUGCAAAAUUAUGCACCGGACAACUUGCGCCAGGCACAGGUGCGACGUCAACGAGGAUGGACGGAAGAUGAUGUUCUCAUCUUUCUGCGACUCAACCCUAUGGUGGCAACCUUUGAGUGGGCGGAAAUCCUUGCUCAGGCUGCCACAGAUAGAGAAGAGGGGGAUCACUAUUCGAUAGCCAACGCCCUCCUUUACAGUCACACCGUGAUGCGGAAAUCAGCGUUUUCGGCCUUCUGUGCGAGGACCAACAUGGACCCCUCGGACAUUCACCCUGAUACUAAGGACUAUAAAUUCUUUGUGGAGGAAUACAAUGCUGAUGUCACAGCAACUAGAUUAAUCGAGGCAUGGAAAAACGUGACCCCGGUAUAUCCUCCGCCCGCGUUUAUUGCGGACACACAACUGGCCGACUAUCUUGUUAUCGAGCAGGAUGGCCCAACCGAAGAGGGAUCAUCCCGCGCAAUAUCCCCCGCCGACUCGUCCGCGAGCGAGGGGCUAUCGCUCUUCACGUUGUACCUCCUUCGCCUAUGGCACCCUGGGAUCGACUUGCCGAACAUUCUAGCUUCCGAAUCUGGCUCAGCGAACAUCAUUGCUGCGAUGAACUGGAGAGGCACCUUCAUCGGUCCAUACUACAUCCAAUCAAGGUUUCCUCUCUUCAUGGCGUACGAAAGCGACAAAAUUGACAAGACUAGACCAUUUCUUCCCGCGCAGCUUCCACAGGAUUUCGACAGCCGUUCGCUUGAGGAACAGAGGAUGCUCCGCUUGAGGCUGAGGCUAGCCAUGUAA